UCUUAGGAUUCAGUAUACUUUUAACUCCAUUAAUUCAAUUUUGAUGUUAUUUUGACACAUUUGUAUUAUUUUGACUUUAUAUCCUGAUACCAAUCCACAGCAACACUGGCCCAUACAGUGACAGCUAAAAUGGAUGAAUGGGUGGUUCCCACUUCUUUAGGACCCCCAGAAGCCAAAGGAAACACCUCAUUACCAACAGAUAACACGUCCUGUGAGAAUCUGGAGUGCUACAUGGUCCUCAUCCAGGCGGAGAAGACAGCCAUCGGCUCCAUCUGUUUCCUGGCAGGCCCUGUCACCCUUCUGGAAAAUGCUCUAGUGUUGGUUGUGAUCGCAGCGACCGCUACUCUACGGCAGAGGCCUUCAUUUCUGUUCAUCGGCAGCCUCGCUUUGGCCGACGUCUUCGCCAGCUGCUUCUUUACCACCAGCUUCCUGGACUUCCACCUAUUUCGCCGUAGCGAUGGUCCCACUGCUUACCUCUUUAAGUUAGGUGGAGUCACUAUGGCCUUCAGCAGCUCUGUGGGGAGUCUUCUGCUCACUGCUCUGGACCGUUACCUCUGCAUACACCAGGCCUCCAGUUAUAAGGUGCUGGUGACUCGCCGGCGAGCUAUGCUGAGCCUGCUAGUCCUCUGGAGCGCCACCAUCUUUAUGUCUUUCCUGCCUCUGAUGGGGUGGAGAUGUCCCACGGGGCUCAACCCACCCUGCUCACGCCUCUUUCCCUACAUCAACCAGGGCUAUCUAGCCUUCUGGACCAGCUUCAUCCUGGUAAUCUUGGCUCUUAUUUUAGGGGCCUACGCACUCAUCCUGUGGGCAGCGCACCGCCACGAGUCCUCCAUGACCAACAUCCAGGGAGCAGCAGGGACCGGCCACGCCCGCAUGAGGAUGGACAUCCGGCUAGCACGUACCUUUGGUCUGAUCCUACUCAUACUGGUGGGCUGCUGGCUCCCUGCGCUCUCCUUCAUGUUGGCUGAUGUCUCCGUGCUCCUCACACGCACCCAACAGAGGGCCUUUGCCUUCUGCAGCACCCUGUGUCUGGUCAACUCUGCGGUCAACCCGCUGCUGUACGCACUGCGCUGUCGAGAGCUCCGAGUCGCUCUGCUGCAGCUGCUACAGAGGCUAUGUGAGACCGGGAGGUGUAAAAAAUCCACAGAAAUCUUAACUCCAGGAUUAGCCUCUGCAGUGGAUGACCACUGUACUGCUUGUUCUGAGGAGCAGAUGCCCAGGAGAACAAACACCCAAGUUAGCUCAAUCUCAGAGAUGGUGAACAAUCAGAUGGUGGAUGUCAGAAAAGUUCUGGUAUGCACAGACUGAGACAUGUAUGAGGUGUAAAGACAGACAUCAACUAGAUCUUCACUUAGGACACAAAUACAUAUGAGCUGGAUUCAUUCUCAUCAAAUCAGAAGUGCUGGCAAACACUUUAUCCUGCCUUUUUAUACAUGCAGUUGUGUUAGAGGCUGUGAAAAAAACACUAUCACAUAUAACAACUUUCUAGCAUACCAGGAAAUCUGAAAAUCUGUCAAAUGUGGUAAACAUGCUUAAUGUUCUUACAAAAUGCAGCUUGUAGUUGAACUGUUCUCAUACAAAAACCAACAUCUGAUCCAAUACUAGUUGUAGUAUCUGUAUCAACCUCUGGUUAGCUAGCCAGUGUGCCAGUGAGCUAACAUUUUUUGUUACCUCUAUUGUACUAGGAAGUCCUAUAUAGAUUAAAUAUCCUUUCUAACCAGAGGGAUAUACUAGAGACAUCCAUCCAAAAUUCCCAAACACAUUGAACCAUUCCAAUACCGUGACCACUUAGCCCAAAAACAUCAUCAGAUUUCAGGUAAAUGAAUGCGUGGCAACAAACAAACAACAUCCAUGUGGUGCUAGCAGACAGCUAGCAAAAUGUUAACAAUGGUUUUCCACCUAUAUUAUAUUAACUUUUUAAAAAUCCUGCUCGUGUAAGAGUAGUAUUCCAUAUUGGUCAAACUCAAAUAGUUAGUGGUUGACUGAUAUCAGUUUUUCAACGGCUUAUGCCGAUAAUUAGAGAACAGGUUAGCGGAUAUAUAACACUGAUAUCAAGUUGUCCUUUUUUGCAUUUGAUAAAAUACAACAAUUUAUCAAUAUUAAUAACAUCCAUUAUUCCAAGCACAAUACAAUAUAAUAUACAUGAUUAUCUUAACAUGUUUUAGAUUGAUCUUUAGUUCAUUUAUGAAAUAUUAAAAAACAUUGGGUUAUGCUAUGGAUUUCAGAACAUGACUGAUAUUUAUGUCAGAUGCAAUAUUAAACUACAUUAUUAUAUAAACCACAACAGAAUCUAUAUUAAACACCAGCCAGUAACCCUUUUAGAUCUGAUAUGCUGUCAUUGGGAGGUUAACAUUGCUCAACAGCAGCCACACUGGCGAGGCUGCAUGCAUUGUCUGCAGACAUUAUUUAUUUUCUUAAAUCCGUCUCGUAAGCGGCAGACCCAUUGGGUAUAUCUUAUCAACUUUGUUCUAUGCUAUCCUGAGUUUACAGCAGUAGGUGUAGAGCCAAUGCAGAAAGAGCUUACCAGAGAGGCUCAGCAAGUUGGAGGCAUUUCACAGCUGUUUGCCGGUACUAAAGCCCAGGUACCUGUGUCAGUAUUGGUAUCAGGACUUAAAAAGCUGGAUAGGUGCAACCCUAAACACACAUUUAAGGCAUAUUUGGGGGGAAAGUGGCAGAAGAACAUCUCUAGUUGAGACUACUGUAAAAAAAAUAAUCAUUAAACAUAAUAAUAGAACUAAAAUAGUAUUAUCUAUUUGAAUGGGAAUCGAGGUUUUCAUUUAUAGGCAUUUGUCUAAGCCAUGCAAAAGGUCCAGUGUAUGUUGGUCUUUUAAAGUGAGAUGAUGUCAUGUGGCCAGCUGACCCCUAACCUUUGACCUCUCUGCAGUGUUUGAGCUCUCUCAUUCCUAUCACAAACUGUGUCACCUGAACUGAAGUGCUGACCUUACCUUAGAAGGUCACCUCACCUCAUGGUGGACUUGUUGUUCGUCUGCUUGUUUAUGUUUAAAUAUUUUUUUGUCCCGGAGUGUGCGUGAGCACAGAGGACACUGUGGGCUGCCUAUCCUAUCUGCACAUGAAUGGCAGAGCUCCACAAAAGCUCCAUGCACGAGGAGGAUUUCACACAAUGUUCACCCUAUGUGUUCACCACAUGAAUCCAAGCAGUGUGCUGAGGUAAAUGGGACAAAUGAUGCCAGGAGGAGGACAAACACAGGCACUGCAACACUCUUUUGCUGUAGUGAGAAUGAGCAGCUGCAGUAAAGCACAGACAGAAAUGCACUUAAACUCACAUAUGGUAACACAAUAGAGAAUCACAGAAACCUAGCAAUGCUUGUUGAUCUUAGAUCAAUCUCAGGAUCUUACUGUAGCAACUGAAUAAAUACAUUUCUUGAUCUGC